AUGGGCUGCAUCGGAUCCAGAAGCAUCACAACCGAUGCGGUGCCGGUGCGCAAAGAUGGAGAUCAGCUGUCCAUGGAGGACACCACGUCCAUCCUGCCGCGACUCAAGAGGAAGUCGGCUAACUCUUACGGCAUCGGCGCCCUGGCUAAGUCGUCUCUGACAGGUGUGUCAGGCGUGUCCCGCUCCAUGAAGGACAAGGUGACCAAGCCCACCGCCAUGGCGCAAGGUCGCGUGGCGCACAUGAUUGAGUGGCAGAGCUGGGGCAAACCCUCAGCAGGGCCGCCGGGGGGCGCCGGCCGCAGCAACCUGCAGCGUGAGAAAGAGCGGCGCCUGGAGAACGACGCCUACAGCGACCUGAGCGACGGCGAGAAGGAGGCGCGUUUCGCCGCCGGCAUCAUGCAGCAGCUGGCCAUCUCCGAGGCCACGCUUUUCGGAUGGGCGUCCGCGGACGACAACAUCGCCUGCGACUCGCAGCGCGGCAGCGUGGCGCACCUCAGCGACGUUAACCAGGACAGCAUCACCAGCAGAGACCAGAUCCUCCACCAGUCGUCGGGCGACGUGUGGCCGCACACGUACGUGUCGCAGGGCCUCUACUGCCUGUCCUCGUCGGACGCGUGGGAGCCCAUCACCAGUCAGCCUUCGGGCUUGGCCUCACCGGCCGCGGGCUCCUACAUCAUGGCCGCGGGUAAUUUCAACGGCUACGAAGCGACGAUGGGCGCUUUCCUCCAGCAGCACAACCAGCUGCAGCAACUGCAACAGCUGCAGCAGCUCCACCAGUACCAGCAGCAACAGCUGCUGCAGUACCAGCAGCAACAACAGGUGGCACACUAUCUUUCAUGUGUUGAGCAGUCGCUACAUAGCACCUCCCAUUCCCUGCAAGCCACGCCCAACAGCACCAUCCACAGCCUGGGGCUCCCCGCUCACCCCCGUUUGGCCGACCUGUGGGGGGCGGCGCAAGUCGAGGCCCACCAGGUGGAGAUGCAGUUGAGCGGACACGUGGCGGACACGUCGGAUUUUGAGGGCGAGACGGACGCCGAACGCUUCAGACACGAUGACGAGGAAGAGGAACUCACCAAGACGGAGGAAGUCACACUGACCUUAGAGCCCAAGCCGUGCCCUCUGACCUCGUCCUCGCCGUCCACGAGAGGGCCCAGCCCAGGGACGCCGGCUGAGCGGAUCCCCUUCGACGCGACGCCGUGCCUCGUCCAGUCGCUGGAGGAGAAAAAGGACGACGACCCGGAUGAGGGCGGCGCUGCGGUGGUGGUGGUCGCCACCAACUGA